UUGUUCUGAAAACUGGGAAGACACAGACACCCUCUACAAGUGAAAACGAAGAUGGUGGGGAUUAGAAAGCAGGAGCCUUUAUUUGAAACCAGGCCAGCAAAGGGGAGAGUGGUUUACCGCCUUUUCGCAGCUUCCAUUUUUGUGGCCAUUCUUUGUGUUUGGAUUUACAGAGUGACUCACAUACCGAGGUCCGGUGAAUAUGGCAGAAUGGGUUGGAUUGGAAUGCUCGGGGCCGAGUUCUGGUUUGGGUUUUACUGGUUUCUCACUCAAUCUCAUCGUUGGAACCUCGUAUUUCGCCAACCUUUCAGACACAGGCUCUUGCAAAGAUAUGGGAAUGAUUUGCCGAGGGUGGAUGUGUUUGUGUGCACGGCGGACCCGGCAAUAGAGCCGCCAAUCAUGGUGGUCAACACUGUUUUGUCGGUCAUGGCAUACGACUACCCGCCGGAGAAGCUGAGCGUUUACCUCUCCGACGAUGGUGGCUCUCAGCUCACCUUCUAUGCUCUCUUGGAGGCUUCCAUCUUCUCUCGCCACUGGCUUCCCUAUUGCAAGAAAUUCAAGAUUGAGCCAAGGUCCCCGGCAGCUUAUUUUAGUUCAAGUUCUUCUGACCAACAUGAUGUCAAUAGUGCCAGAGAUUUCUCCUUGAUCAAGAAGCUGUAUCAAGACAUGGAAAACAGAAUCGAGACUGCAUGCCAACUUGGCAGAAUCCCAGAACAUGAACAUCAUAAGCACACAGGAUUUUCUAAAUGGGAUUCAUCUUCAUCUCGUGGAAAUCAUGCUGCUAUUGUGCAGAUACUAAUUGAUGGGAGAGAGGAAAAAGCUAAGGACACAGAAGGGCACAUUUUGCCAACUCUAGUUUACAUGGCCAGGGAGAAAAGACCACAGUAUUUUCACAAUUUCAAAGCCGGUGCCAUGAAUGCAUUGAUCAGGGUUUCAUCUGAGAUAAGCAAUGCUCCUGUCAUUUUGAAUGUCGAUUGUGAUAUGUACUCAAACAACUCGGGUUCAGUUCAAGAUGCCCUUUGCUUCUUAAUGGAUGAAGAGAAAAGCCACAAUAUUGCGUUUGUACAAUUUCCACAAUUUUUCCAUAAUAUUACCAAGAAUGAAUUAUAUGGAGGCUCCCUGAGAGUAAUUCAUGCAGAAUUUUACGGCAUGGAUGGCUAUGGCGGCUCUUUGUAUAUUGGAAGUGGCUGCUUUCACAGGAGGGAAACUAUAUGUGGAAGGGAGUUCAGCAAGGCAACUCGUAUUGAAUUGCAAAGUGACGCUCCUAGAAGAACACAUCAAAAGUCUCAAGAAUUGGAAGAGAGGCUGCAGGAACUAGUCAGCUGCACCUAUGAGGAAAACUCUCAGUGGGGCUAUGAGAUUGGUUUGAAGUAUGGAUGUCCAGUUGAAGAUGUACUGACAGGGAUUACGAUUCAAUGCAAGGGAUGGAAAUCGGUAUAUUUUAGCCCAGCAAGGGAGGCGUUUUUAGGCGUGACAGCAACCAGUCUUGAUCAGGCUUUGGUGCAACAUAAGAGAUGGUCUGAAGGAGAUUUACAGAUUCUUUUUUCAAAGUACAGUCCAGUUUGUUAUGGACUAGGAAAGCUCAACACUGGUCUUAUUAUGGGUAUUCUGACCUAUUGCCUGUGGUCUCCUAAUUGCUUGGCAGUUCUAUAUUACUCUAUUAUACCUUCUCUUUACCUGCUCAAAGGUGUUCCCUUGUUUCCUCAGGUAUCCAGCAUGUGGUUUUUGCCAUUUGCUUAUUUAGUAGUCGCGGAGCUUGCUUACAGCUGUUACGAGUUCCUCUGGGCAAACGGGACGUUUCUGGGCUGGUGGAACGAGCAAAGAAUGUGGCUCUACAAGAGAAGUAGUGCCUACCUGUUCGCGUUUCUGGAUACAAUGUUGAAGCUGGUUGGCUUUUCAAACCCGGGUUUUAUCGUCUCAUCAAAGGUCUCCGACGAGGAUGUUUCUCUGAGAUAUGAGCAAGAGAUCAUGGAGUUUGGAAGCACUUCUCCAAUGUUCACCAUUCUGUCAACACUGGCCAUGCUCAACCUCUUCUGCUUUGUCUGGGCAAUGAAGAAAUUAGUGGGUGCAGAAAGAUUUGUGUUUGAGAGUAUGGGUUUGCAGAUUGGGCUGUGUGGGGUGCUGGUUUUGAUCAACUUGCCUUUGUACAAUGGCAUGUUGUUCAGGAAAGACAAGGGAAGGAUGCCAACCAUUGUUACUCUUAAAUCAACUGUUCUAGCUCUCUCUGCUUGCACUUGUUUCACAUUUUUGUAAAUUUUCUUCUAAUCUUUACCUUGUAUUUAAUGGUUUAUUCUAAAAUGAGUUGUACUUCAUAGAUUUUAAUUUUACCACUUACCAAUGUUUUUAAAGAACUCAAA